AUAAUUAGACCAAAUUUAUGUGACAGUCAGUCAAAAUUUUUGUUGGAAAUUCUAGCGCGUUUUUUGUCUCUCCAAAUUUCCGUAUUUUCAACUCAAACAAUGCGAUUUGCAUGCAAAUUCUCAGUGUAACAUGGAGGAAAUUGUGAAAAAUGAGUUUCUCUUCUACUCGAAACUUGCUAAGCCUUUGGUUCUCAACCUUCCCAAAUCCAAGGACCGAAUACUGUCGGCAGCAUGGAUAAAAAAAUUCAAAAACGAGGAAAUGGGGAACGAACAGCUUCGCACCACUUACUUGAAGUUACUCCUCUUCUGCCUGCAGCGGCGGAGGCUGACAGGAAUCUUCUCUGAUGAUCCCUCCAAUUAUGACUUUCUAGAAGAUCUCCCUGCCGAUAUCGAUCUCAAUGAGUUUGCGAGGAAUUUGCUCGAAGAGGAAAGGCUGCAACGCAGAGAAGCCAUUCGGAUGGAAAUCAUGGGAGACAUGGAAGCUCUCCCAGCCUUCACCACCGAUUGUUCUGCAGACUUGAGGGAAUAUGUGGCCGCGCAGGAUAUUCCCAACUUUGGCGUUCACGCUUUCUACGCCUUGUCCAAACAGCCUGUGAAUAAGUGGCAAAGAUCCGAAUUGGCAGUGUUCCCUAAAGGUAUCAGGAGUGAAAUUGACACCAGUGAUGCUGUCGCCUCCGAAGUGGCGCCCAAAUGUGUGUGUGCGCCCAAGUCAACCUCCUCCGCUCCAGAAGUGGAGGAAAGUGGCGCCGAAAGCCCGGAACCCGAAUGCAGAAAGAAAGACGAAGAAAAGCCCCCAGAGCGAAAAAAGCGGCGCCCAAAGAAGAUGGGGACUUCGCCUCCAAGUCACCCAAUCGGCGAAGUGCGUCGCACAAGCGACGACAGAAUUACCCCUACUUGGGGCACCAACCUCUUAGAAGUCAAAGAGCGCACUGAUAUUGGACACAUUGAAGAACCGUCCAAGGCCAGCAAGGCGUUGGAGGAACAACUGAAAGAAAUUCUGGCCGAGGCCGAAGAUGAGGAGGAGCCGCAUGAGGCCAUGGAAACCACUGCAUCAAAGGCCAAAGACAUGAUCCAAGUGAUCGAGGAGUUCAAGCAUGGAAGAAUGGAUAAGUCCAAAACGCCCCCCAGCAGGCUGGGCGACCGCUCUCGUAUUCAGACGCCCAAGAGCAUCAAGACUCCAAAAAUCCCCGUAACGGGGAUGAGGGAAAGCCCAGGAAAAGGCAGUGUGGGGACUCCAUCGGCCAACUUUUCAGAAGAAUUUGCCGACUGGUCGGAAAACAUUGACGAUGAACUUGAGCAAAUUGAAGCCGCCCCUUCGGGCAGCUUUGAUAAUGUCCAGUUCGACCUGGAGGGCUACCAAGAGCUAGACUACGACGCCCUAAUCCUAGAAGCAGAGGCGGAACUGGCUGCUGCAAAGAGCGUCUACGAUCAGGGACUGGAGGAGGACGAGUUCCUAAUUGAACAAGUUGAUGACGAAAUUGAAAACCUUGAGCAGGCUCUGAUUGGGUUAAAAGAGGCUGAGGAAGUGAGGGAGUCGUCUCCAGCGCUAUCCAGAGGCAUUCCUGUGACAACUCCUCACCGCAGUCCCAGCCCCAAGCGAGUGAACGCGCCAGAAAAGGCCUUUGCCGAUGAAAGCGACAAUUUGCUCGCUCACAGGCAAUCUCCUCUGCAACCGCCGAGAAAACCCACUGGGGAACCGCGUAAGAAGAGGAAGCACGGGAAAGAGUCCGCCCCUUGUGAGAAAGACCUUCAUUUAGACAAAGUCUACAAAAAGGCCAGGAAAUUAGUGGAUCAACACGAAUCACCGGGGGAAUUUGAUGAAUUUGAGCAACUAGAGCGGCAAUUUGCCGCGGAAGCUGGUGAGACUCAACGUCGAGAGCAUCCAGCCUUCUCGCCAGGAGCUGCACAACGAGUUCAUCUGAGGGCGCAGCAGCAGGAGCGGAUGCUGCAAAGUCCAAGGCGCCACCAUGGAGAGGAGGAGGAUGACUUUGAGAUGCUGGAACGGCAAUUUGAGCGCGAGGCAGGAGAAUGUCCUGCCCGCUCCCAGGGGCCCGCUUUUUCGCCUGGAGCGGCCAAUAGGGUGCGAGAGAGAGCUCGUCAGCAGGAGGCAGCGCUUCGCACUCCAGAUGCCCAGUAUGAUGAAUUCGCCCAGCAAUUCGCAGGAGCAAAUGCAGGUCUCGACCAAAUGUCGCCCUGCUUCCUCAAUGAAUCUCCGCCGCCCUUGUCCGAGCAGGAGGAAUUUGAAAUGAUGUUAAAGAGGAUGAGCCCGGGAGCCAAAGAGCGGGAACGAUUUGCUCUCCAGUAUGGGGGCGUUGAUGCCAAUCUGGACUCGGUUGCGGCGCCAGAAUUCUUCCAAACUCCCCCUCGGUUGACCGAAGAUGAGGAGUUUGCAAUGUAUGAAAACAUGCUUCAGAGUCCAUCGCCUGCCAUGCCUGAACGGUUCUCUCCUGCCUCAGGAUACCCAAGUUCAGAUGAGGAAGGUUCAUUUGGCUUGUUGCCCCAAGGGCUGAUCCAGCAGCAGCCGGACGAAUACAUUGAAGAUCCUGCGGCAGCUCGACGCCAACUGGCUGGUCCUUCUGAAGGAGAGCACAUUUACAGGCGUGAAAUGAUACAAAGAGCCGCCGAGCGACAAGAGCAGCUUCUUCGGCAAGGGUCGCCGCAGGCGCAAGAAAUUAUUGCUGAAGCUGAACGAAGCUUUGAAGAUGAUAUUUUCGCGAGAGUUGAUGAACACUUUGAUCAGAUUGAGGGAUCGCCCCCUCCUGGAAUAAGAAGUCCUUUGAGUGCUUUUGCAUCACCGAUAAGUGAUCAAGAAGAAAGCCGACGGCAUGAAUCUACAUCGUUAAGACAAGCUUCGCCUGCUCGCUCACCAUCUCCCCCACGACAACAAUCUCCUCCACGACAACAAUCUCCUCCACGACAACAAUCUCCUUCACGACAACAAUCUCCUCCACGACAACAAUCUCCUCCAAGACCAGCGGAGCGACCAAUGACCGAAAUCGGUGUUGGGCGCAUACCUUCGCCGUCGCCCGUGCAAACUCCCCCGCCCUCCUUUCUACCCGGCGUCUCCUCUCCUUUAACUCCUAGGCCGCAACGACCAAUCAACCGACCCGGAUGGUAUUCCACUCCUCCCCCUCUAAUGUUUGGGCCAGCCGAGCGACCUGCCUCGUAUCAAACGCCUGUGCCAGUCCAGUUUGGACCCAGGGAACGCCCACCUUUGUACACCACGCCGCGUGAUGUCUUCGCUUGUUCUCCUCAAGGGACGCCGUUGGACGAUGUGGGGGCGCCUACUUUCGAAGACAUACCGCCCGAGAGUCCGUUUGAGGGUCUGGCGGACGUCGAGGCGCCCGAUUUCGACAUGCUGCCUCCUACCCCGAAAGAUCCUACUAGGACGCCCGCCAGGCGACGUCCUCCUCCAGCUGGACGGGGACGUGGAGGUAAAAUGCAGCCAAGGAGGCUGUUCGAUGAUGGGGAGGAUGCUUGUGAGCCGUGUGAGCCGCCAGCCCCACCUCCAGAGCCUUGCGAAGUGUGCGACUCUCAGGACCCGCGCAGCCCUAGAAGGAAGCGGUCCAGGUCGAAGCGAAGACACCACCAGCACAAAAGGAGCUCCCCAGAUGACCUAGCAGAGUUUGAGGCCCUGGAAAGGGAGGCUGAUAUCGUUGAAGGGGAGGCUCCAUGCGCUGGCCCACCGCGCCCGCAGUUUCCCUCAUCUCCUGGCGAAGCCAGAAGGGUUCACGAACGUGCCCAAAGACAAUACGAGCGAUUGAUGCAGGAUAGUCCUGCGGCUCAACCCGGGCAAUUUGCCAGCGUUCCCUGUGCAUCUGGAAUGCCCACCGGACUUAGUCAACCAGAGAGAGUAAGGAGAAAUGAGCUGAAAGGCAAAUACCCGGCGACGCCUCCUCCGCUCACGCCCCAACGGCCGCCUUCGCCUGUAUGGUCAACUCCCGAAGGAAUGUCCGGCCCAUCUAGAAGGCGCACGGGCUUUUCACCUGAAGUCUACGACUCGGACUUUAGCCCAUCGCCAGCGCCAGCUCAACCUCAACGCUUCCCUCCUCCCAAGUUGCUGAUAAAAAAGGGCAAAGCACCUCCUUCACCGAGAACUCCGACUGAAGACAGAGAGGUUCCGGAGCCUUGCUCGCCGGCUCCCGCUCAGAGAGUUCCUUGUGGAGGAGGCCUGGAAACGCCCCUGAGAGGCGACCGCAAAAUCCGGAGUAGGCGACUGUUUGAUGAAAAAGGGAAAACUCCAAGAUUGCCACCGGCUGAAGAGUCGCCAAUUAUUCAGUCUCCAUGGGUCACCCCGCAUGGAAAGCUGGAGGAUUUUCGAUAUCAGGGCCCGCCCUUAAUAGAGGACGAACCUUGGCCGGAGGACAUGUCGCCCGAUAACCGACCUCCGAUCCUCCAAGAAGGUCAAAUGUACUUUCCUAAGGGAACAGUCUGCAGUCCGAGAACCCCAGAAGGACUUCCGACAAUGCCCGAGCUAAGAAGACAUCGGUUUGCUCCCGAUAGAGACCAUUCGGGAAUGUCGCAUCAAACUGCUUUUGGACGAGGCCCAGGUCGGGUCCCAGUCAGAGAAAGUUGUAGGGCGAUUAGCCAGAUGCCGCAGAUUCCGGAAUUCGAGUCAGAUGCCGCCUAUAGACAGAAUUUACUUUUCGACCAAGAUCUCGAAACUUUCGACAAGUACUAUGAUAAGCCGCCCAGCUCAUACCGCGCCAGCCGGAAGCCUAAGCACGGCUACAUGCCUUCAAAGGCAUUCAGAUCGCCUAGACCAGAACGCCCGUUGGAACCGUUCCCCACCUAUACGGAAGACUUGGAGGCGCAUUUGCGAGCCAAUAUUCAAGUGCCACCAGAAGACUUCCCUCCAGCUCUUCAUUCGGUUUGCGCGCGACAAGCCGUAGAUCAGGCCGACUUGGUGCCUCAAGACUCGCUUGCCAGAUCGAAGAGGUUCGUGGACGCUGCUGAGGCAGGGAACUUGGAAGAGCACUUAGAUGACCAGGCGUUUGAGGAUAUUGCUUGGCAAUUUGGCACAGCCUUCGACUACGAGGGGGGUUUAAUGGACUUGAGCCCUCCACCGGAAUUUGAGGAGCAACAAAACUACUAUCCAGAUAUACUGGCUGGGACAGAUUCACUGAUUAAAACCAUUAGGGCCACCGGCUUUGCUCCAAGAGCUGCAGGUAUUCCAUGUGCAGGCCGUUCCAUUCCAGUUCCCUCUGGAGCACGAUCAAGGCCAACAUCCAUACCCCGGGCACCAGGACGAUCCAUUCCAGUUGCUCCAGGCAGUUCGCUUCCUCGAGCGCCAGCAGCACCAGGAGGAAGGAGUGCUGUUCCGUCGACGCCUUGUGGAGCGGCACCAUGCGGAGAAGGAAUGGCACCAGAAGCACGCAGUCAACUGCCUCAACGCAGAUCAACGUCCACAAAACCACUAAGAGAGACCAAGUCGUCGCAGUUGAGGAAGGAGAAAUUGGCCAGAGAUCAGGCAGCCAAAGAGGCUCAGUUGAAAAAGGAAGCGCAAGAAAAGGCGAAAAAGGAAAAGUCUCGCGCCAAGCGGCACAGUGCUAAACGAGCUGCAGCUCAAGCCGAUGCAAUGUCUCCAGGUGUGGUGGCAUUGAAGGAACAGCUGCUCAAGCACCAGAUCCACUUUGCAGCGAAGAGCAAGAAGAGAGUAUCCCGUCCUCGAUUUGAGGGAUUUCAGGAUCAUCCGCUUGAGGAAGAUGAGACCGAAGAUCUAAGGUACCCAAGUUGCCAAAGUAUGCGGCCCAGAAGGAAGCGACAAGGCGAUAUAGAUAUUCGAUAUCCAGAGAUUGGAGAGCUGGAAGGACAAGACAUUGACGGAAACAUACAUUAUCCAGCUAUUGGCUUAAUCGAAGAAGAUAACGAACGUGGUCCUGUGGAUUUAUAUGUAGACGAUUAUGAUUACGAGGGAACGUUCCAGGGGCCUGAAGAAGACAUUCAUGAUCCUUCUGAACCUUAUCAAAUCGAACUUCCACUUGAUGCCCGUGAAAUGCUAGAAUUGGCCGAAUUUGAAGAAUUGGAACGUUUUGCUAGGGAUGACCAGCCACAAUACGAGCGCGGAAAACGGCAAACACGGCAAUUGACUGCAGAAGAGGAAUUGGCAGAGUUUGAGGAGUUGGAACGUUUAGCUGCAGAAGACCAAGUUUGUCCGGGAGCAGCGCAACCGCGAUAUCCGGUUGGAGGCGUGACGUAUUCCCCUCCAAGACCCCAUUCGAAAUUCGGACCUGGUCCUUAUGCACACCCUGGACAACGUUUGCCAUCGGGACAACCCCAGAUCGCUUCGUGUCAGUGGAGUCCUGAAGGUGCUCAAGACCCGAACGAAGCCUUCCUUCUAGACGACAUUCUUCCUCCAAUCUUUGACGAAAUGGAGGAAGAGGACAGAUUGCCGUCGCCUGGUGUGCCGCCCCACUUGAUGAGGGAGGAGGUCGAAACCAUGGCCAGACCACAUUAUCAUCCGGCGUUUCGCGGAGAUGUGAUGCCUAAAGCCCAACGUCGGAUUGCUCGGUCGCCCUGUACAGGAGAGAUUCAGGAGGAAGAACCUUUGCUUCCCUGCUUUGCCGAGGAGGGGUCGUUCAAAGAAGGCCGCGAAGCGAGGAAGAGGCGGCGCAGACAACCUGAGCAGAAAAGGUCCCACAAGAAGCACCUGGGCAAGGGAGCCCAGGACGAAGCUUAUGGCGUUAUGGACGAUUCACUGCCCGAAGACUUGCCCCGUCCCCGAAUUAGGCCUCAAGGGCCGUGCACUCAAUACACGCCCAGAGGUCAAGCGGCCCAGGCCACAGGCUUUCCAUUCACCCCCCCAGUAUACACAGAGUACUACAGAGCCCCAGCCGAUCAGCCAAUCCAUCCAGACCUAGUUGAUCUGGCUGGUUACGACUUUGGCAGUCCCUUCCAAGCGCCGGGAGGCGUUGGGCUGGAAAGCGAACAGGCGCCAGAAGGUAUAUGCUACACUCCGCAACGAUAUCCCGAUAUAGAGGAAAGGGAACAGGAUCGCAUAGCUAUGCAGAACUGGCAACCGCCCGAUGAGCUCAAACUGAACAAGCUUACGUCUCCAGUUAAUUUAGGCCCGUCCCCCUUUUCGCGCUGCCCUGCCCACAGCCUGGAUGACUCGCCUUUUGGCGAUUUGCUGGAUGACGACCUGUUGAACAAUGCUUAUUUAAUGACCCCUUCAGGAGGAGGAGCAGAUCAACGAAUUGUUGAGGAGUUCCUCGCUAGGUCCCCUGAACAAGCCGGUGGACUCAUUGGUGCGACUCCCUCGCCGCAACGAUUCCAACAACUAGCUGAAGGAGUGGAACUGCUUGGCGAUUAUGGGCCGAUGGAAGCUUAUCAGACCCCUGAGCAUCUUUCCCCCAGAGAACAAUAUUCCUACUCUCCCCAAACUGGAGCGGACCAACUGGGCGUAUCGCAGAGAUCCGACCUUUUCAAUCAAGGAAUGCUGGAGGAAGUUGCGGGGUACCAAACGCCGCCGCCCCUUUCACCCAAACGCUGUCCAGCCUUGAGUGCCUCCCCCCAGAAAACUCCUAGAAAGCAACAGUCGCCCCCAGCAGCUGGGCAGCUUGAGCGCAAAUCUCCUGCAAGAGGAGAUCGUGGUGCCGUUGAGUUCCAUACGCCUGAACAGCGGUAUUUGCCCGCUGUAGAACAGCCACGACAGCCGACGCCACCCUCCCAAAGGAGCCAUAGAAGUCCCUCCCCCGGCCCAUGCGGACCUUGUGGGACUCCAUCGCCGCAGCGAUUUCAACGACUAGCUGAAGGAGCGGAACUGCUCGGCGAUUAUGGAGCAAUGGCAGGAUACCAAACCCCCGAGCAGCUUUCCCCAGCAGAACGCUAUUCCUACUCUCCUCAAUUUGCCAUGGACGAGCACGGCAUCGAAGAGAUGUUCCGAUCUGGGGCCCCAUUUGAUUCCCCAGAGCAUCAACUGGAUGCGUCGCAAAGAUCUGACUUGUUCAAUCGAGGGAUGCUGGAGGAAGUCGCAGGCUAUCAAUCUCCGCCUCCUCUUUCGCCCUCACGUGGCGCCUAUCAAACACCGUCGCCGCAGCAGUUCCAACGACUAGCUCAAGAAGCGGAAUUGCUUGGCGACUAUGGAGGCAUGGAAGAAUAUCAAACACCAGAGGGUUUUUCCUCGGGCGGACAAUGUUUUCCCCAAUUCUCCUUGUAUGAUCAAGGUAUUGAAGACGUGUACAGCGCAGGGGUGCCCUUCGGCUCCCCAAACCUUCAACUGGACAUGUUGCAGAGAUCCGAUUUAUUGGGUCCUGUUUUAGGCGAGGGAAUGCCGGAGGAAGUGGCCGGGUAUCACAGCCCGCCGCCCCUUUCCCCUACACAGUCUUCUCCGCCUAGAGGAUGUCGCGGGGCUGUAGCCUUUCAGACGCCCCGAGAUGUUGAUGAGCCCAGUCAACGUCCAGGACGGGAUGCUGCUUCAAAACCCACCAGGGGACGCGACGAAAAAAAAGGGUGUCCAGCUGGGAGAGGGAGCGAGCAAGCAGGGGAGGCAUUAACCCUGGAAGACUACCUGCGGUCGGGGCCUGUUCCAGGCGCAGGACCCCAGCAGCAGGUGCCGCCACGCAAGAAGGUGCGCAAGACCACUUCGAUAACCAAGACAGUAACCAGGAGAAACCGCUGAAGUGGUCCAGGGUUCUAAAACGUGAAGUGUGGCCAAAGCUGUAGAAGUCCUGAGUAAAAGAUACAUAUAUGUUGG